AUGGCGAAAGAGCUUCCCAAAGUGCUUGUUCUUGGUCCACCAAUCUGCUUCUCAACUUUCGAAUCACUUUACUCUCACAAGUUCAAUUUAAUUAACCCCAAACCCUCUGGACUUCCCUUGCAACAGUUCAUGGUUGCCAACCGCCACAACCCGUCAACAAUUUCUGCAAUACUCUGUGGCGCCCCAUAUCCCAUUUCCCUCGACGUCCUCAGUCUCCUCCCGUCGCUCCGUCUCAUUGUCACCGCUAGUGCUGGAACUGACCACAUUGACCUGCACGAGUGCCAUCGUCGAGGAAUUCAUGUUGCCGGAGCUGGAGGGCUUUUCUCGGAAGAUGUGGCUGAUAUGGCCGUGGCGUUGCUCAUUGAUGUAAUGAGAAAAAUAACUGCAGCUGAUAGAUAUUUGAGAACGCGGACAAACCUUUCUGACCCUUGGGAUUUUCCCCUUGGCCACCAGUUAUCAGGCAAGCGGGUAGGCAUUGUUGGAUUGGGAAAUAUUGGCAUGGAAGUGGCAAAGCGAUUAGAGUCAUUUAACUGCACUAUCAUGUAUCACUCAAAACAUAUAAAACCAUCCAUUUCUUACCCUUUCUAUUCCAAUAUUGUUGAUCUUGCAACUUCUAGCGACACACUUGUGGUAUGUUGCGCACUAAAUGACCAAACAAGACACAUUGUGAACAAACAAGUCAUGUUGGCAUUGGGAAAAGGAGGAAUCAUAGUGAAUGUUGGAAGAGGUGGUCUCAUUGAUGAAAAGGAAUUGUUAAGGUGUUUGAUUGAAGGUGAGAUUGGAGGUGCUGGUUUGGAUGUGUUUGAGAAUGAACCUCAUGUUCCUAAACAGUUCUUUUCAUUGGAUAAUGUUGUUCUGUCGCCACAUGCAGCUGUUUUUACUUUGGAAACUACAUUGAAAUUGUGUGAACUUGUGGCAGAGAAUUUAAAAGCUUUCUUCUUGAAUAAGCCCUUAAUUACUCCAGUGAUGUUGGGUUAG